GGACGGCCGCGCCUCCGGGCCCCGCCCCAAGGAGACAGUGUGUGGCGGCCGCGGCUCCAGCGGAGUCCAGCGGUCCCAGGUUCGCAGUGAGGUUGUGGAGGCCGGUGAGGAGCAUCGGGCAGGCUUAAAAGGCCACUUGCAGUGAUUGGGAAGAUGGCCACAAAUGAGAAUGUGAGCAUCUUCAGCUCGGCGUCUCUGGCUGUGGAGUUUGUGGAUUCACUGCUGCCUGAGAAUCCACUGCAGCAGCCCUUUAAGAACGCUUGGGGUUACAUGCUGGACAACUACACGAAGUUCCAGAUCGCCACCUGGGGGUCCCUCAUUGUUCACGAAGUCAUAUACUUCUUAUUCUCUUUACCUGGAUUUCUAUUUCAGUUUAUACCUUACAUGAGAAAGUACAAAAUUCAAAAGGAUAAACCGGAAACAUUGGAAGGCCAGUGGAAAUGUUUUAAAGGACUUCUCUUUAAUCACUUUUGUAUCCAGUUGCCUAUGAUUUGUGGAACUUACUAUUUUACAGAGUUUUUCAAUAUUCCUUAUGAUUGGGAAAGAAUGCCAAGAUGGUAUAUGAUUUUGACUAGGUGCUUGGGCUGUGCAGUCAUUGAGGACACCUGGCAUUAUUUCCUGCAUCGACUACUACACCACAAAAGGAUAUAUAAAUACAUUCAUAAAAUUCAUCAUGAGUUUCAGGCUCCGUUUGGAAUUGAAGCGGAAUACGCACAUCCUUUAGAAACCGUAAUUCUUGGAGCUGGAUUUUUCAUUGGAAUUGUGCUUUUGUGUGAUCACGUAGUUUUUCUCUGGGCAUGGGUGACCAUUCGUUUGCUAGAAACCAUCGAUGUCCAUAGUGGUUAUUAUAUUCCUCUCAACCCUUUGAACUUCAUCCCUUUCUAUACUGGUUCUCGUCAUCACGAUUUCCACCACAUGAACUUCAUUGGAAAUUACGCCUCAACGUUCACGUGGUGGGACAGAAUCUUUGGGACAGAUGUGCAGUAUCAUGCCUACAUUGAAAAACAGAAGAAGCUUGGGGAAAAGAUGGAGUGAAUGUUCCUCCUAAGCCUUGUCCUGAAGACUCAUGUGUCCUGAACUGAAACUAGUGGCUAACAUGGCUUCUGGGGAGCAGAACUGAGCAUGUGACUUGGCUACUGAGGGGUGAAAGGAACAUGAAUGACCUUUGAUUAUCUUCCAGAGGGAACUUUUCUACUUCACUUUCAAUUUCUGUAUAUGUGGGAAUAAAUAAAUAUAUAUUUAAGGGCAGUUUUCACUGGAGGUUUGAAAGGCCAUUAUUGCUAACCUCACCAAAAGGUAAAAAAAUUUUAAGUAUUAGAGGAAGGUAUUAAUGUAUGCCCCCAACCCUGUGCUACCAGAGGACUGAAGUCGACAUUGGCCUCUUACCUGUAUACUGGUUAGUUCAGAAAUUUCUCAGUAAUGAUGUUCGCCUUAUAUUUGACUUUAGAUAUUUUUUAGAAUUUGCCUAAAAUGAAAAUACCAUAAAUUAAACUACAUCAGCUGAUAGGGUGAGUGGCUGAGGCUCUUGAGUCUGGAAUCACUAGCACCAAGGCCACUCUGCUGUGGCGUGGCCAGCUUCGGGUGGUUCUUUCUGCGAAGGAGAGUGUUUCAUUGUAAUACGCUGUUGGCAUCUGUAAAUUAACGCAUUUCGGACAUGGUGUACACGGAACAUUACAGUCUAAAGAUUUUCAAAUGACUUGAUUUUUUAACUGAGGAGCUUUAUUUCUGCUUUCGUCCCCUUCACUUUUGUACAUCGACUGUUCUUGAAGUUGUACCUUGAGCUUUGUGAAUUGACUUGCUCUGUUUGCACUUGGAGCUAUUGAAAUAAAUGUGAUUUUUGUCUGCGA